AUGGAGAGGGAAUCAGCAUCUCUGGGUGGCGAGCCUGUCUCUCUUAAUCAAACCAUUUUCCAGGGAUUUGAAUGGUACAUUCCAGCUGAUCAUCAGCACUGGAUUCGCCUUUCUCAAGCCAUGCCAAGUCUUGCGUCGUUGGGCAUCACCAGCAUCUGGAUACCUCCGGCGACGAAAGCCAUGAGGUCUACAAGCGAAGGCUAUGAUGCAUAUGACUUAUAUGAUCUCGGCGAGUUUGAGCGUCACGGGACCAAGCGGACCAAGUAUGGCGAUAAGCGGGAGCUUGUCCAGCUGUCAGAAAUCGCGAACAGGCAUGGAGUUUCCAUUUUGUUCGAUGCUAUUCUCAACCACAAAAUGGGUGCCGACAAUACUGAGUCUGUCCGCGCGGUCAAGGUUGACCCAGAAGGCAUGGUUCUCUUCAUGAUCAAGGCCUGGACCAAAUAUGACUUCCCAGGCCGCGGGGAGAAGUAUAGCUCCAUGAAGUGGAAUAAAGAUCACUUCACGGGAGUUGAUUACGACCAGAAAUCCAAACGCAACGGGGUCUGGCGUUUCCAAGGCAAAGACUGGGCACACGAUGUUGACGAGGAACUCACGAACUACGACUUUCUCUUGGGCCAGGAUAUUGACCAUAGUCAUCAUGAAGUUCGAGAAGAUCUCUUCAACUGGGUAGAGUGGCUUUCCUCGCAGUUGAGGCUAGGGGGUCUGCGCCUGGAUGCGAUUAAGCAUUUCUCGGCUUCAUUUCUGCGCGACUUUGUCCGCCAUAUCGACCAGAACAUUGAUGCAGGAACCGACUGGUUCAUUGUGGGCGAGUAUUGGAGAGCCGACUCCAAGGUCCUUUCUGCCUACAUCGAGUAUAUGAAUCACAGGAUGUCCCUCUUUGACGUGCCAUUAUUGACAAAUUUCUACAACAUUUCAAAGGGCAUUCUUACCGAUGCAAGGCGAGUGUUUGAUGGUAGCCUGGCAGCUGUGAAGCCCAAAAACGCUGUCACAUUUGUUGUUAAUCACGAUACGCAAGCGGGACAAAGCCUUGAGGUAUUUCCCAUAUUAGUCUCCUCCCUUUUCUUUUUACGUCUCCUCCUCCCUUGCACCUCUUCCCCCGAUUUUCUUUCACUUAUUUCGUAUACUGAUUUCCGAAAGACGAUAAUUGAGCCAUGGUUCCUCCCUUUGGCCUACUCCCUCAUCCUAUUGCGUGAGAACUUCGGAAUCCCCUGUGUCUUCUGGGCAGACCUUUAUGGAACUCUGGAGCCAACGUUACCCCAACCACCGCCUAGCAAUGGUAUCAUAAUACCUCGCCUCAUUCUGGCUCGUAAACUAUGGGCGUACGGAACCGAGACUCUCUAUUUCGAAGACUCUCCAACAUGUGCUGGGCUUACCCGGGCUGGGCACCCAUCACGUUCUGCAGGCGCUGGCCUCGCUGUAGUAAUGAACACUGGAUGGACUUCUAGCGGCAAACAUAUGUGUGUAGGAAAGGUUCACGCUGGGGAGACAUGGUCUGAUGUCCUUGGUCAGACCUGGGGUGAGGUCAUUAUUGAUACGGACGGAAUGGGCUAUUUUAGGGCCUGUCCGAGGAGUGUCAGUGUAUGGGUGCAUGAUGCCGCGGAGGGUAGAGACGAAGCGGACUCACUCGUUUUUGAUGAUGGCGGCUACAGCGCUGUUCAAGGCGCUAUGGAUAAGAUCAAGCUAAGAGAACCACUUAACACGAUGCCUGCGUGGCUACAGUCCACGACUGAGGCCUGA